AUGUCGAACAUCCCCCACAAGACCACGCUGCCCGAGGGCAUUCGCCCAGGUACUGUGCUCAGAAUUCGAGGUUUCGUCCCUGACCAGGCUGGCAGCCCCUUCCAGCGGGGACAACCUUUCGAGGUGCUGCUCAUCGCCACCGAAGAUGGCUUCAAGGCGGUGAUCGGGGACGCGCAGUACCACCACUUCCGCCACCGGCUGCCACUGGCGCGCGUGCGCCUGGUGGAGGUGGGCGGGGACGUGAAGCUGGAGUCUCUGAAGAUCUUCUGAGAGGCUGCCUGGUGCCCGAGAGCUGGUUGGGGGGGUCUUGAAUAAAUCGUCAGUGUGUA